UUCUUGUUUGUGGUUUCUCCAACAGACAGGUGUGUGUGAGCGACUCUGUAUCAACACACUGACUAACAUAACAAGUGUUACUGUAAAAACAAUGUCGUGUUUAAAUGUGGACAAACUCGGCAGUAAGUGUGUGAAGAGCGCCGUGUCCGGGGAGCAGGUGGAGCUCAGCUCUCUCUGGAGAGAUCAGACAGUGGUGAUGUUUUUCCUGCGACGUUUCGGGUGUCAGAUCUGUCGCUGGGCUGCGGCGGAGGUCAGCAAGCUGGAGAAGGAGCUGAGAGUAAACGGCGUGGCUCUGGUGGGGAUCGGCCCUGAAGAGACAGGACUCAAAGAGUUUCAGGACGGCGGGUUUUUUAAAGGCGAAAUAUACAUUGAUGAAACUAAGCAGUGCUACAAGGACUUGGGAUUUAAAAGAUAUAAUGCGAUCAAUGUGGUGCCUGCUGCUCUGGGAAAGAAAGUACGAGAAAUUUCCUCAAAGGCAAGCAGUGAAGGAAUUCAGGGCAACUUUAGUGGAGACCUUCUGCAGAGCGGCGGCAUGCUGAUUGUAGCCAAAGGUGGUGAGAAGGUCCUGCUGCACUUUAUUCAAGAGACACCAGGAGAUCUUGUGCCACUUGAAGACAUCACCAAAGCUCUGGGCAUCAGUGCCAGUGUGCAGGCUGGAGUGAGACCUCAGUGUGAUGAAGGAGUCUGUACACGAUGAAGAUGAAGAACUGAUGAACUCAGAAGCUUCAACACCGUCGUCUUCCUCAUCAUCUUCUUCUUCUUCUUCUCCUUCUUCUAGAGAGAGAUGAGACUCAGACAUUCCAGCUGCUGUCUUCACCUCCAUCACCAUCAGAAACUUUAACUUGUCAAACUGUGUUACUCACAAUGCAGCAGUUAAUGUAUCAUUUAUUUAUGUUCAAGUCAGAACACAGGACAUGGACUCUCUGUCUCUCUGUCUCUCUCUUUCUGUCUCUCUCUCUGUCUGCCUCUCUGCCUUUCUGCCUGUUUGUCUCUCUCUUUCUGUCUCUCUCUGUCUGUCUCUCUGUUUGUCUGCAUGUCUGUCUGCCUCUCUCUGUCUUUCUCUGCCUCUCUGUUUUUCUGUCUGUCGGUCUCUCUCUCUCUCUUUCUCUCUCACCGUCUCUGUCUGCCUCUCUCUCUCUCUCUCUCUCUCUCGCUCUCUCUCUCGCUCUCUCUCUCUUUCUCUGUCUUUCUUUGCCUCUCUGCCUCUCUGUUUUUCUGUCUGUCGGUCUCUCUUUCUCUCUCACUGUCUCUGUCUGCCUCUUUCUCUCUCUCUCUCUCUCUCUCUCUCUCUCUCUCUCUCUCUCUCUCUCUUUCUCUCUGUCUCUCUGUUUGUCUGCAUGUCUCUCUGUCUCUCUCUGUCUUUCUUUGUCUGCCUCUCUGUUUUUCUGUCUGUCGGUCUCUCUUUCUCUCUCUCUCUCUUUCUGUCUCUCUGUAUGACUGCCUGUUUGUCUGUCUUUCUCUGUCUUUCUUUGUCUGCCUCUCUGUCUCUCUCUCUGUUUCUCUCUCUCUCUCUCUCUCUCUCUCUCUCUCUCUCUCUCUCUCUCUCUCUCUCUCUCUCUCUCUCUCUCUCUCUCUCUUUGUCCCGCUGCCUGUCUCUGACUCUUAUCUUACUGCAUUAAAAAAAAUUAUAUAAGUAAUGUGUGAAAAAUUCAACCACCAACCUACAAGCUAUAAAUAAUCUAUACUAAAUAAAUAAAUAAAUAAAUAAAUAAAUAAAUAAAUAAA